AUGCAUGAAUUUGUAACAACUACAAAUAAUGAAGAAAAUUGUACUAGAAUUCAACGUACUGAAUCGACUAGUUCAAAUGAUAGUCUCCCUAAUAAAUUCAAAAUACGACAAUUAUUAUUAAAUGCAACUAUUCCAAUAAUUCAAUCUCGACAUAUUAUACCAAUCCGUCGUCAAUUGUCUCAUUUGAACAAAAAACUAAAAUUAAAUCCUAAUACUACUAAUAAUCAAGAUAAAAAUAAAGGAUAUCUUAUGGUUGAAAAAUUCAAUUCAGAUUUUAUUGUAUUACCAAAUGAUAGUAUUGAUCAAGAUGUAAUACAAAAUACUCAAUCAUCUAUACGAAUAAAUGAAACUAUACUCGAUUGUAAUUCAAUUGAAUAUCCAUCAACAAUAUCAAAUACAAAUAAUCUUUUAGAAACACAACACAUAUUAUUUGAUUCAUGUAUAACACCUAUUCAUAAUUGUUUAAAUGAUACAUUCAAAGAUCUAUCAAUACAAUCAAAUGUUAACAUUGAUGUACCUAUAGAUGAUCUUUUAAAUAUUCAUGAUAUACAAACAUCAGAUACAAUAUCAACACAAUCAUCAUUGAUUUCAAAUGAUUCAAAUCAUGAAUAUACGGGAAUUAAUCGAUUACUUCUUAGUGAUUCUGAAUAUAUUCAAGGUCAAAGAAUGGAUCUUGAAUGUCUUACUAUGUUUGAAAUAGAUGUAUCUAAUGAACGUGAUUCUCUUGAAGAAGAUCCAGAUGAUGAAUUAGAAUUUAAACGUUUGUAUGAUGAAGCAUUAAAAAAAAAUUUAAAACUUAAACAAGAAUUGAAAACAUUAAAAGAAUAUCAUCUAAUGAAUUCGUCAUGGGUAUGUGAAUUUUGUACUACGCUUAAUGAAUCUUAUAUUAAAACAUCAUGUGAUGUAUGUAAAAUAUGUGAAAGUGCAAGUCCAUUGAAACGUGGUAAAUAA